UAUCGCUCCAGUGCUUCAGUCACUUGGCCACUAGUCCUCCAAAUAUUCGACUGUAUUCCAGCCAUAGAGUCGUCGCCUCGCAGCGGGCCGAUGGCUGCCGAUGGGUGAGUGGAGUUGUCUCCGAGAAGCGAUACAGUACCCGAUCGAUCGUCGAUCAACUGUAAGUGCGGAAGCGGUCGGUCCGGAGUCCUUCUGCGACCUCUCUAGUCCCUUCACACUGUGUCUUUGCUGUUCGCUCUGAGCCUCUGUCAUUACUACGAAUGUCUGUAUCAACAUUGACGCGCUCGACCAACCUCACGCCCGAGACGGUCCCUCUGCGCAGUGGACCUCCUACACGCGAGGAAUUGCUCGUGUACUAUCCUCCGAAGUUCACAUUCCACCAGCUCAAGACGUUCAUCAAUUCCGGGGACCUUGGAUUGCUGAAGCGCGACAAGACGCUGCAGAAGCGGUACGAGAUAUGGAGUGCGGGGAUCAGGAAGGAGUAUGGGUCCAUGGUGAACUACCUACUCUCGUACCGGCUCCAAUGGGGCAAACACGAUGCACGCUCCCUGCUCAGGUCCACCCUCGAGAUCCCCGACUCCCUCGUGUCCAAGAGCGAGGUCCCCAGCGCCGCGCGAGGCGAGCUACCUCCCCUUCCGUCGGACGCACCACCGUACUUCAAAGCAGACACGCCGGCUGAGCUGAUCAGCAUCAUCAUGAACGACUGGCCCUACUCAGUGCCCAACGAAGUCGAGCACAGCCUCGUCUGGACCCGCAUCCCCAUCCUCCCGCCAGAACUUCCCCCCGCCAUUGCACCCCGACUCCUGCAGGACGGACUCUGGGGCUUCACCGGCUCGCUCACGCCCCCACCCUCGCCGGACACGCUGCCCGAGUGUCUGGGCGCCCUCGCGGAGUGGGACGUCACGAUGGACAAACUUGUAAGAAGCCCGGAUCCCAGUCUGGAAGAGAGGGUGCUGCUGGAGGCGGCGGCGAGUGAUGUGGACACUUUUGUGAGGAGGCUUUGGAGGGAGGACGAGUGGGAGACUGCGUGGUUUGUGAACCCUCCUCGAUUGCAAAGCGUACCGGGACUGGCUCACAUCCACGUCUUCGCCAGACGAAAGACUCCGGAUGAGAUCGCUGAAUGGAAGGCCGCGAAGGGCAACUAAGGGGGUCACCUGUGUGGACAUGUGGAUGCGGACGGACAUCUUACUUGGAUCAUAGAUCGAUGGACAGCGAACGGU